GAUAAGUUUAGUGAGAGGUAGGCUGUUGUGCGAUUCGGACGUGUGACCUGAAGACAGUGCGCUGGUUCGCUAUCCGUGCUUGUGGUGAAAGAAAUCAUUCGAAACCGACCACCAGAAAAAGAACCACGACGUGAGGUGAUACACAUCGAGUGGAAGCGAAGAAAAAAAAAAGUUCCAACUCGAGAAAAGGUGUGCGGAAAACUGAUGCGGACCCGAUUGUAAAGUUCUGGAUCCUGUUUGGUGGCGUUGCUACUUUGGAUAUCCUUAUAUUCACCCGAUAAGUUCAGUGGAUUAAUUUUUCUCGGGGUUGUGCCUCCCCAAACUGGUGGUGUAGGCUUCCAAAAGCCUAUAGGAAGGUAGCCAGCGAAAACGUGUGUAAUAUGCUGGGGAAGAAACAUCGAGGCAAAUUCGCACUGUGAGCAAUCUGAAAAUAUCAAAAAGUAGCUGAAAAUUGGUGUUCGAUCGGCGUGCGGUCGAAUCCGGAGUGGUGACACUGUUUAUGGCACUCGGGGCAGUGGAGUGCAAAGUGGGCAGCUAGAGGGUAUAAUUCAGAGUACUGGAGACCAUAACUGGGCAAAAUGUCUGAUAAAGUGUCGAUAUCGCCGUCCAAAAGUCGGAGGCAAUUACGCGAACGUAAACAACGCAAGUUGUACUCGGACGAUUGGGCGCUCGGCGAUGAUGACUAUGAGGGUGCGCGGGGAUUCAGCGUGGCUGAAAAGCUGGAAUCGCCGCGUUUCGCGCAAUCCGGAAUGGUGCGCGAGAUGAAAGGGAGUGAUCUAACCGUGGCAUUCCUCCAGCAGUAUGGAUUCAACAUCCCGCUUAUGUUCAAAGAAAAGGCUGGACUUGGUCUGCAGGUGCCAUCGGCAAAUUUCACAAUCAAUGACGUGCGGAUGUGUGUCGGAUCUCGGAGGGUUCUAGACGUGAUGGACGUCAACACGCAGAAGAAUGUCCAGAUGACGAUGAAAGAAUGGCAAAAAUACUACGAGGAUUGUAGCAAGAAAAAACUACUCAACGUGAUCUCACUGGAGUUUUCUCACACCAAGCUUGAAAAUUAUGUUCAAAGUCCUAACAUUGUGCGUCAGAUUGACUGGGUCGAUGUGGUCUGGCCAAAGCAGCUGAAGGAAGCCCAGAUCGAAGCCACCAAUGUACUUAAUGAGAUGAUGUACCCGAAAGUGCAGAAGUAUUGUCUGAUGUCCGUUAAGAAUUGUUAUACAGAUUUCCACGUGGAUUUCGGUGGCACCUCAGUGUGGUAUCAUAUUCUGAAGGGAAGUAAGGUGUUUUGGCUGAUCCCACCUACGGAGAAGAACCUUCAGUUGUACGAAAAGUGGGUGUUGUCUGGAAAGCAGUCGGAUGUGUUUUUCGGUGAUACAGUUGAGAAAUGUGCCAGGGUAUACCUGACAGCAGGAAAUACCUUCUUCAUCCCUACUGGAUGGAUUCAUGCAGUGUAUACGCCAACUGAUUCGCUGGUGUUUGGAGGGAAUUUCCUACAUUCUUUUGGGAUUGUAAAACAGUUGAAAAUUGCGCAGGUCGAAGAUAACACGAAAGUGCCCCAGAAGUUUCGCUAUCCAUUUUUUACCGAAAUGUUGUGGUACGUGUUAGCAAAAUAUGUGUACACGCUGUUAGGACAUUCUCAUUUAGAGGGUGAACCUGGACGAGAAGAAGAACUUUCCGACAAACCUCACGUGCAUUUGACUCAUUAUGAGUUGUUUGGGUUGAAAGAAAUCGUUAUGUACCUGUACGAUUUGCCUCCACAGAAGAAGAACGUACCGGACUUGAUCAAAGAUCCUGUUGCUUUGAUAAAAGAUGUUCGCACACUGGUUGAACGUCACUGCAAAGACAAUCCAGAGCAUGCAAUUACUGGAAUUCCGGUACUUCACCCAGAUCUCAACAAGAGCAAUAAUUCUUACCUUCGAGAGCGUUAUGAAUACUACGCAGGUGAUGACAUGAAAUCUCCAGAUCCUCACGAGGAAGAAGGAGAAGGUUCUCGCCUUAGUCAAGAUGAUAAUCAUCUAGAUGGUGUCGAUCACCAUUCACAAACAGAAGAACGACGAACACCACCAUUGUCACACGAAAAUACGGCCCGAUCUCUCCUGGCGGCUUCCGAACACGAGGGACCAAUGAAUAACAGCAAUGAAGGUUUGGUGGUGGCUCCGAACAAUGACGAUGAUCGCAAUUUUGUUUCCCCCCAACCUACUCGUCCUGGUGCACAAGGAAGUGGUGUUCGGGGUCCAUACAAGAAAAACAUUGGCAAUAGCGGGAGCGGGGGUAACCGUUCGGGUAGUGAGAGAAGAGAUGGUAACGGACCACGGCGCAGGAGAACACGGUGCAAAAAUUGCGAAGCCUGUCAGCGGUCUGAUUGUGGGGAGUGUAGUUUUUGUCUGGAUAUGGUGAAGUUUGGUGGCCCGGGGCGUGCAAAACAGACAUGUAUGAUGAGGCAAUGUCUGCAACCAAUGCUUCCGGUUACCGCUCAGUGCAUCCAUUGUCAUCUGGAUGGCUGGCGGCAGGCUCCGAUAACGGCACCUGCCCAGGCUAAAUUACAAGCUCAUAUGCAGGAAGGUCCUUCAUCCUUGAUGGAGUGUUCAGUGUGCUACGAGAUAGCUCAUCCAGAUUGCGCACAGCGAUUAGCCCCGGAGGUUAAUGGUAUCAUCAAUGAGGAUCUCCCAAACAGUUGGGAGUGUCCUAGUUGCUGUAAAUCGGGCAAAAACACAGAUUACAAACCUCGUCACUUCCGAGCUCGUCAAAAAUCUUCCGAAAUCCGUAGAAUAUCGGUCAGCAGUGACGCAUCCUCGAUUCACAACUUGGAAAUUGGGCGAAUAAGCGGAACGGUUAUACAGCCACCACCGAAUAGUAGCGGUGGCAAUAGCAGUCUAGUAGGCGACAUGCAUCCGGUUGCUCCACGCUUCCAGAACGAUAUGCUUUAUGAUUUUGCCUCGACUGGCAGCGCAGUGAUUGUGGGCGGUAACGGAGGCAACAUUCUGCUAGAGCGGAAACCGAAGAUCAAGGAUGAGGAUAUGUCGAGCGGGUCUGAGCAUGAAGGCCAAAAAAUGAUG